UUAUAUGUAUACAUCACAAUAGGUAUUUUUAUCAGACGAAUCAAGGCUGUACGUCCCAUGAACACAACUCUCUCCGCCCUCCUGAAGAUCGCAGUCAGCUGAUGAAAAGUGUUUUGACGGAGCGAAGCCACGGAGCGACAGAGGGUUUCCUGGUGAGCUCGCAACCGACCAGCGGCAAACGAGAGGAGCGUCAUCACUCCCUUUAACUUCACUACACACGCGUGCAAAAAUGUGGACGGGGCUGAAAAACCAGACCAAAAUUGUAUUUAGCGAUGGAAACACCUCGGAGAGAGCUGUUCCAAUGCACACAUGGGUCUUCGCUACAUAUGAACAGCGCAAUGAGUCAACGGCCAUCCCUCGUCCCUCAUACACAGAAGACCCCCAGCCCAGAGGCAGUGGCAUCAUCCCAGGACGUGUGGUGGCUAAUUUCUGCAUUACCAAAUGAGGAGAGUUACAAAAACACCAGUCCGAGAGCCAUUGCAGCAGCAGUGUUCAUUGGUUUCGUACUGGGUCUCUAUGCAGUUCUGUGGAAGUGUAUGGUCUCACCACCCCAAAGGAAGAAGAGGAGGGUGAGAGUUAGAGACAAGAGGAGCCAAGUAUGCUGACUGACCAUCAGGAUCUCAUCUAGGCCAUCUGGCCAGAGGAUCCAAUGGAUUCAACUCAUGCAUCAAACCCCGGCCAGUCAAACGGACCCAGAAAGAUCCACUCAUACUGACUUGAGUCUCUCAUCAGGAUGUUCCUGAACAUCUGAGAGGAAAUGGAGAUUCAGAAACAUUUGCAUAAAGCUAGGGGAUGGCAUAUUAUGGAUCUAGCAUAUCGUGGUCAGAGGAUGGACCGGAAUCUAAGGAUCCGGUCAAAUGGAUCUAAAAGGAUCUUCUAAAUUGCCUUAAGAGGAUCCACUCAAAUGGCUAAAGGAUCCAACUGAAGUGCAUCAUAGAGCAUGAACAAACAAUCUGAAUCAGUUAAGCUGGGGUCUGCAGACCCAUCAAAUGUAAACAUUUUUGUAUGUACAUUUUUUUAAUAAUAAUAAUAAUAAUAAUCUGUAUUACUAACAGGUUAAACACAUUUUUUGCAAGGGAUCUGUUGAAUUAGUUUAGAGUGUAAUACAAUAAAAUGUCAUAUUAUUAAUAUACAAUUUAUGUUCUUAAACCCUGGACAUUGUGGGCCUGGGAGGCUCACAGGGAUAUUGGCAUCUACAGUACUCCACCAAUUAUACAUUUUUCAGCUCAAUAACCCAAAGUGUGUGUGUGUGUAUAUAUUUUAAAUUGAAGUUUUCUUUCUGCCUCAUGGGAAAAUGUGUAGAAUUGCAGAAUAUUUGCCCCAUGACAAAAUAUGUAGAAAUAUAGGAAAUGUCAAGAGGCUGGCCUUUUAAAAGGUUCCUUCCCAGGACCGAGCCUUGGUUCAUCCGACCAUGCUCUGCCGAAGUCAUGGUAAAACACCUUGCAUGCUAUUUUUCUCACUCAAGUUGUUCUGAUUGAGGGCGUUCCUUAUAUAUUUGCUAUCACAAAAGGGGUCCCCGGACCCCAAUAGUUUGAGAAAUCUAGGAUCUAGGAUCCACUGUAUGCCACAGUGCAAUGCCUCCGUGAGAUGCUGACUAACUGAAGCGUAGCUACACUGUUGUGUCUGCGGGUCACUGACAGUUGACAGUGAACUCUGUACUACUGAGGAAGGAGGCAGCACAGGUCACUGUUCUUCCUAUCGGUCAACAAGCCUACUGGCCUGGCAAACAUGUGGGUAUGUUUUUUUUUCUUUGUGUGUGUGUGUGUGUGUGUGUAGCUUUUGAUUAGGGUUGACUACAUGUGUUGUAAAGUGUCUAUGAAUGGGAAAUUUGCUAAUACUUUUUAUAUUUGGUUGUGCAUGUAAUAUGACGGCUUUAGGUGAAUGAUUGAGCUGGAGUUUUUGUGUAUUUGAAAUUCUUUGAUUUGAGUGAAUGGUCUUAUGAUAUCCAUGUUUUGCCAUGUUACAUUUCCUCAGGAUGUGACUUACUGUUCCUUUCAUUAAACUGUGAUUUGUGUUCUUGCACCUUUA